AUGUCUACCCAAGUCUCCCAGCAACCCACAAUGAGCGCAACCAACCAAUUCCCCACUCCUGCCAGCAGUUUCAGUGGUAACCUUGCGAAUCCGACUUCGGAGGAUGUGGAUCAGGGGAGAAUAUCUUUCAGCAUGAGGAUACAGGACUCGGCAGAAAACUCGGGGGCACGUCCCUCUCGGCAACCAACCCAACAUAGACCCUCCAGCCAUGAUCGGCAGCCUUUGCAAACAGACAGUACCACUGAUUUUGCCACCGGGCAGGGUCAGCAUUCGACAGACCCCGAUGCUAUGGAGGUAGACACAGAGCCGACUCGCCGGGCAGAUACCACCCUCAGUCUCGAUCUGGACUCUCUUCAGAAAGAGCUCACCUCCGCUUUUCAUCUUUGCAAGAGCUCUCCGAUCGUUACUGGUCCAGACCCUUCAUUGGAUCUCGUUUCUCUCUAUGGGUUAGGCUCAAUCGCGCACUCGGUAGCACGCACGGAUCCCGUGACGGGAGAGAAGAUCAACCGCCUCAGGAAGUCGUAUGAAGGAAAGCUGAAAGGGCUAGGACUAGCAGGACGGAACAAACCCCUCAAACAGGAAAUUGGCGCUCCUGGCAGUCUGAGAUACAUGACUUUAUGGCCCGACGAGGAAUGGCAGAACCAGAAGGUGCACGGCAAGACCAUCAAAGUUUCAGACAUGGAUUCGGCUCUACAAAGUCUUCAAUCGCGGGCUAUGCAAAUGGAACCAGGACUGAUUCCUAACAACGAUUUCUGGGAAGAUAUCUUGGGCCACGAAAAGCAGGCCAAGAAUCCAGCGGCAGGCGAGACAGGCAAGAAGAUUGCCCCGGCUCCAACAGCUGGCCGUCCCUCUACUCAAUUCUAUGCCGCAUCUCCACGACCACAGGAAGCAGAGCGGCCUCGGCCUAGCAGAGGUCGCAAGAGACAUUACGAUGAUAAUAGCUUUGCCGGCUAUGGCGAAGGGUUUGUGGAUGAUGAUGAUGACCCCGGAUUUUACUCGAAUGGCGAGGGAACUGGGAAGAAGAAACGCAAGAAGGACCACGUCGCAAAGGUGUCAACCCCUAUGUCUGAAAGAGGCGCUAGCUACGGGGUCGGCAUGUUCGGCAUCGGGGCCAGAUGA